AUCAUUCCCCAGAUUCCAUAUCCACCAUCACCAUUUACACAAAUAGCUCAACAUUUCCAGUCAUCCUUCGACUACUUCAGACACUUUGUUCGACCUUACUUAAGAACUCCUCCUCAACUUCACGCGUCUAAAUCGAUACGCGUGCGCCUGAACAGGACCGCUUUUUGUUCUUACACAAUCAAAUCACCACCAUCCACCAUGUCUUCACAACAGACCGAGUUUUUCAAGGACAACCUCCCUGACCACGGCGAGGUCACCACUCCCGACUCUGUCCCUAGCUCUCCUGAGCUUGGAAGCUCCAGCUCCAGUGACAGCAUUGCCAGUCUCGGAUCUCCCGCCUCUCCCCUCUCCCCUGCUGUUUCUCAGCCUGUGGCUGACUCCUUUGUCUUUGCUUUUGACAUUGACGGUGUCCUUGUUCGUGGUGGACGAGCCAUUCCUGAGGCCCUCCAGGCCAUGAAGGUUCUCAAUGGCGAGAAUGAAUAUGGCAUUCAAGUGCCUCAUAUCUUCCUUACCAACGGUGGUGGAAAGACUGAAGAGGAGCGAUGCAACGACCUCUCCGGUCAACUCCAAUGUGAUAUCAAGCCUGGCCAAUUCAUCUGCGGCCAUACCCCCAUGAGGGAAAUGGCUGAGAAGUACGGCACAGUUCUUGUCGUCGGUGGUGAAGGCGAGAAGUGUCGACAUGUUGCCGAGGGCUAUGGCUUCAAAGAUGUCGUGACUCCAGGCGACAUCAUCAAGCACAACGCUGCCACCACUCCUUUCCGCAAGCUUACCCCUGAGGAGCACCGCAACUCCCGUGAGCGAGACUUCACGGACGUUGUCAUUGAUGCUGUCUUUGUCUUCGCCGAUUCUCGUGAUUGGGCUGGUGACAUCCAGAUCAUGCUCGACGUUGCCAUGUCAAAGGGCGGUCGUCUCGGUACCCGCAGCGAGACCAACGACGAGGGCCCCCCUUUCUACUUCUCCCACAACGACGUUGUCUGGUCUGCUGCUCACGAGCAUGUCCGUCUCGGCAUGGGUGCCCUUCGCCGUAUGUUCGAGGUGACCUUUGAGGACCUCACUGGCGGCAAUGGUGUUCUGCAUACACAUGCCUUUGGCAAGCCUCAGGUUUCUACUUUUGAAUUUGCUUCCCGUUUGAUGGGCCAGUGGCGCCAGACUGAGCAUGGUCUCGUCGCUCCUCCCGACACUGUCUACUUUGUUGGUGAUACCCCUGAGAGUGACAUCCGUGGUACCAACGCCGUCAACAAGGUCGCCGACAAUGAUUGGUACAGCAUUCUUGUCAAGACCGGCGUGUACCAGGAGGGCACUGAGCCCGCUUACAAGCCUCGUGUCACCGUCCAAAACGUCCUCGACGCUGUUAACCACGGUAUCAAGCGCGAAAUGGACAAGAAGGCUGCCAAGGGCCAGAUGAUCAAGCCUGCUCUCAUUCCUGAUUCUGGCAUCACUGAGAUUGCUGUCGAUAUGGAUGGCAUCACCAUUUGAGUCGACUUGCCUCCUUUCUCUUCACACAUACUAGUUUGGGAUAAUAUCCUUUUUCUUUGAGAUUUUAUGGAGUUCCGGAAUGUCUUUUAUAGCACAGCCAUGCGAAACGAACUUUCCUUUACAGCCAUCUGCAUUACGGCUCUUUGCAGGUGCCACGAGCACACAUUAUGGUUACAGGCCCUGAAGAUUUGAUAGAACAUCCAUCGUCCGAAUAGACGGGCGAGUUCUGGAUUCGAGGAUUUUCAUCUUGUCUAGCUAGUUUCUUGCCCACCCUUGAUGCACCACCCACCUAUACCCUGAUGAGCAUCACAUCAACCAUAUAGAAUAGCAUAAAGAUAGAAAAAUCCAAGGCUCUUACAAUAUU